AUGAAGACUGAUGCGAAGGUGGUGGGAAAGGUAUUUCUUUCAAAUGUUUCUACUACAAAACCAAUAAUAGUUUCAGCUGGUCCAGUUACUUCGAUUGUGAUUGCUACAACCCCAAUGACAAGACCACUUUUGAAAGAUGUUGUUAUUGGUGAAUCAACUGGGAGUACUUCAAAAUCGAAGACUGUGAUAACUGAGACAACUUCAAAAGAUAGAGGUAAAGGGAUCUUGGUAGAAAAGACCAAAGAAGAAAGGAAAGCUGAAAUUGAUGAAGAAUUAGAAAAGAGGAGAAAACAUCAGAGCAUUAUGGCUAUUCGUGCUCAAGAUCCAUCAAAGCAUGAUAAAGGAGAUCCAUCAAAGCAGUACAAUUAUGAAUCAAUUGAAGACAAAGUUAUGUUUGAUCACAUAUACUCAUUUGAGAAGAUUCCGAAGAAAAGCUAUGUGGUCACUAAUUAUGAUUCAAGUCAGCUAGAUUUUCCUAUGAAUGAUAUGAUGUUCAUCAUGUCUCAAUUCAAAGCAGGGGUUAAGUGUAAAGAUGCUGAUGAAGGGAAAAAGUUAAAAAUUCAUUUUCAUGCAGUAUUGGGGAUUGCACUUGAAGAGGUAUGGUCACUGGAGAAAAUAAAGAAAGUUAUCAGUAUCAAAAGAGAUGUAGUUUUUGAAGAAGUUAUUCAAAAUAUCAGAUACACGGUGAUCAGAUCAAGUGGAAAAGUGUGUGACUUUACAAUAGCAGAUUUUCCAUUGAUGAAUUUGUAUGAUCUUAUACAAAUUUCUCUAUUGCUAAAGGACAAGUCAUUUUACUAUCUUCAAGAAACAUAA